AUGAAACUGCAGUGCGAUGUGGAGGUGGUGAAUCGUAUGCUGCCCACCUUUGGCAUGAAAAGUCGCGGUAAGGGCGCGAGGGCGGUGCUUUCCAUAGGGAAACACUUGGAUAAGACCAGCCAACGCUGUCAAGUCUACAUGAUGAUCUGCACCGCCAAGGACAGAACAGGCUCCAAGUAUAAGCUCAAAGACAACAUUGAGAAGUUUUUCACAUGGUUUGUGGAGGAGGGCAAGGCCACGGUGAGAUUGAAGGAACCCGCUGUGGACAUCUGUCUGAGCAAGGCCGACGCGAACAGCUUGAAGAACUUCCUGUCUGCCGCUCGCUUGGCAGACAGAGGGAGCGAAGCCAGUAGCCUUCCGCUCUCCACCCUCACGCCUGUUCGUGCCAGAGACGUGGAGCAACCCAAGAAGAAGUUGACCAUCGUCUCCAAGAAGGACUACCCGCUCACCUCCAGUUUUCCUUACUCCCUGGAGCAGCUACAGGUCUCUUACUGCAAGCUGUCGCGUGUGGACAUGCGGAUGCUGUCGCUUAAAGCUCUUCGCAAGCUGGACCUCAGCAACAACCACAUCAAGAAGCUCCCCGCUACGAUCGGAGAUCUUGGCUGUUUAUCUCAGCUGGUUCUCCACAGCAACCAUCUGGAAAACUUCAGUGAGGCCCUCUGCCUGUCCACGCUGCAGCGGACCCUCCAGCUCCUGGACCUCAGCCAGAACCGACUGCAGUCGCUUCCCGUUCAGUUCUGCCAGCUCCGGGAGCUAGUCAAUCUCAAGCUGGACGACAAUAAGCUGGUUUCUCUGCCAUUCCAUGUGGGACGCCUCAACAAGUUGAGGUUCCUUUCCGCCGCGCACAACCAGCUGGCCGUGCUGCCCGGCGACUUCCGCAAACUGAGGCUAGAGAACCUGGACUUGUUCGGAAAUCCGUUUGUCCAGCCUAACCCUCUGGACCACAGCAUGCAGCUCACUUUCCCGGUUUCUCUUCAAGAGAUGGCUUCCAGAGCUGUAGCCGACCUCAGAAUCUCAUACGGACCUCACCUCAUCCCUGCACACUUGUGUCGAGACCUGGAAUCGGCCAAAAUGUGCGAUUGUGGGCGCUUUUGCGUCAGCUUCUACAUCAAGACGGCUGUCAGCAUGAACCUUCACCAGGUUUCUCACACGGUGGUCCUCGUGGACGACAUGGGAGGCACAGACGCUCCGGUGCAACAGCACUUUUGCUCCCUUUCUUGCUACUCUGAAUUCUUGGACAAUUCUCUCCAGAGGGGAAUCAGAUGA